UAACUCGUCGAAGUCCAGUCCGUUUUGGCGUUUCCAACUUCGCUGCUUCCCUUUCAGACAAGCGAAAAGAAAGCUGAAAAUUUAAUAAUAAAAAAAAAAAACAGCGUAAAAACAGGCUUUUCCCUCUAUGAUCAGAUCAACUUAAUCUCAACCGUCGGAUUAAGCGGUCAAUUUUCUUUUUCUCUCUCGAGAAACCCUUCUCUGCCUUUAUAAUCCCCCUCGGCUUUUCUCGCAUUCUCUUCAGAUUAUUUCAUUCUUUUUUCAAGAGUAAGGAAUUCGACGUUCUCUCUAGAAGCUUUUUUUCCCCUGUCGUACUUUUCAGCGACGGAUUUUGAUUUUUCCGGCCACAUUUCCGGUCGGGUUGAAAUGGAUUUGCAGAGAGAAAAUUAGGCGCUUUAGUCUAGCAAGUGCCUCUUUGUUUUUUUUUUUUUUUCCAGUAAAUGGGCUGCUUUCAAUCUAAAGUAACAAGACAAUACCCCGGACACGAAGACCCUAUUACUCUCGCUUCACAAACUGCUUUUAGUGUUAGUGAAGUUGAAGCACUCUUUGAGCUAUACAAGAGCAUCAGCAGUUCUGUGAUUGAUGAUGGGCUGAUUAGCAAGGAAGAGUUUCAGUUAGCUCUUUUUAAGAAUAGGAAGAAGGAAAACAUUUUUGCAAAUCGGAUCUUUGAUUUAUUUGACGCUAAGAAGAAGGGAGUUAUUGAUUUUGGUGACUUUGUUCGAGCACUCAAUGUCUUCCAUCCAAAUGUCUCACAAGAGGACAAGAUAACUUUUGCAUUUAAACUUUAUGACAUGGAUGGAACGGGUUUUAUUGAGCGGAAUGAGGUCAAGCAAAUGUUGAUUGCACUUUUAUGUGAAUCUGAAAUGAAGUUAGCUGAUGAAACCAUUGAGGCUAUACUUGAUAAGACAUUCUUGGAUGCCGACAUUAAUCAGGAUGGAAAGAUAGAUAUAUCUGAAUGGAAAAACUUUGUCUCCCGUAAUCCAUCAUUGUUGAAAAUCAUGACCCUCCCAUACCUUAGGGAUAUAACAACAACAUUUCCAAGCUUUGUUUUUAAUUCCGAAGUAGAUGAGGUCGCCACGUGAUUGGGGGGGAGUAUGUGCUCGGUUUAGCAUGUUCAUGCAUUGGAUUGAAAGGCAUUUCUGCAUGAUUUGUUGACAUUGAGCGUCUUUAUGUGAAGAAAGUAUGGUUAGAUUUUGUUGCAAGGCUAAAGCUAUCAAGUUUGCAAAGGAUAGCAGCUAAAUAUUCACUAGGAUGGCUAGUUGAUUGUAUAGGCAUUGUAAUUAACCGUUUCAGGUGUUCUCCAUUUUUAAUCAUUGUUUUUUAGCAAGGUAAUAUCAAUUCAGCAGUAGAUUAGUGUUAAGUCGGAUGGAUUGCUCGAAUUCCAGCUUUAAUACCUUAGUAAUUACAAGGUUCUAAGAAACAAGGAGGUCUAGAGGAAAUAAAAUUUUCAGAUAGGUUGUGGGGUGGGGUGGGGUGGAGUAAGGGAGAGAUUCAGAAAGUGGAGGUACAGCGACUUCCAACAACCAGGUCGGCUGGCCCUGUUGUAGCAUAACUACAAAUUUGGGAUGUGUGACAUAUGCCACCUUUUGGUGUAAUUGAUCUCCUUUGGUGGUGUUGUGGGCU